AUGGAAAAUGAUGCUCAGUGCGGCCCCUAUUGUUACCGCCUUGUGAAGCCCCUGCUCCUCUCUGCAGCAUUGGCUGACGAGAAAGAGAGGCAGUUGAGGGCUGAGAUACAGCGUCUAGAGAGUCAACUGGAACAAAGCAAAGCGCAUCAAAAACAUUGCUUGACCAAGGAGGACUUGCUGAGCUCCCAACCAAUGUGGAUUGAUAAGCUUCCAGAUGCCAAUAAGGUUCAACUUUUAUCGAACAACGGCUCGGAAAUCAUAGGAGCCUCAACUGAAGAUAAUGCAGUGCCUGAGAAAAGACUUUCUGCAAAUGAGGCAGAAACCAAAGUCAAUUUAAUCACAAGUUGCAUUGGACAAGCGAAUGGGAUUUACGAACUAAAAAUGCAGGGUUCGAGCCCCUUUAAGGUGCCCUGUGAUUCGAAUUGGACAGUUAUUCAGCGUCGCUUGGAUGGCUCUGUGGACUUCAACAGGAAUAUGUCGGACUACCGAUCGGGCUUCGGCCAAUUGGAUGGUGAAUUUUUCAUCGGCCUGGACAAGCUUUACCUAUUGACAAAGUCGCAGCCACAUGAGCUCUACAUAUCUAUGAAGGAUGUUAGAAAUCAUACACUCUUUAAACACUAUCUGGACUUCAGAAUUGGCGGAGAAGAGGACAACUUUCGACUUAUUUCAUUGGGCCAAUAUAAUGGAAACCUGAGAGAUGAAAUGUCUCACCAGGUCAAUUCAGCGUUCUCUACCUAUGACAAUGAUAACGAUGUUUAUCCCUACAAUUGCGCGCUUUUGGCGCAAAGCGGUUGGUGGUUCUCGUCAUGCUUCGACAGGUAA